AUGGGAGCCGAGUUUUUGGCGCGGAUUCUCAAGUUGAAAACCGCUUACUACAGUGAUCCGACGUGGGGAAAUCACGAUAUGGUAUUCACGAAUGCCGGCUUCACGAGCUGUCACAGUUAUCGUUUUUGGGAUUCUGUCAACAAGCGGGUUGAUAUUGAGGGUUUUCUAGAGGAUCUUGAAUCAGCUCCAUCGAAGUCAGUGAUCAUUCUACACGGCUGUGCUCAUAACCCAACCGGAAUGGAUCCAACUAAAGAGCAAUGGAAACAAAUUUGUGAAGUUGUCAAGCGUAAAAACCUGUUCCCUUUCUUCGACAUGGCUUAUCAAGGAUUUGCCUCGGGAGAUCCGGCCGCUGAUGGAUGGGCUGUGAGAUAUUUCAUUGAACAGGGUCUUGAAAUGUUCAUUGCUCAAUCAUUCGCAAAGAAUUUUGGACUUUACAAUGAAAGAGUCGGCCACUUGACCAUCGUUCUCAACGAUCCAUCAGCGAUUCCAUCGUUCAAAUCACAAAUGCAGUUGAUCAUUCGAGCGAAUUGGUCGAAUCCACCGGCACAUGGGGCUAGAAUUGUGGCCAAAGUGUUGGGCGAUCGGGAAUUGUAUCAGCAAUGGUUGCAAGCAAUUCAGACAAUGUCUUCAAGAAUCCGCGAAAUGAGAGCAGCUUUGAAAGCGAAUUUGGAGAAGUUGGGCACUCCAGGCACAUGGGAUCAUAUCACACAACAAAUCGGAAUGUUUUCCUAUACUGGACUCACUCGCGAUCAAGUAAUGUACCUUGUGGACAAGUAUCAUAUCUUUAUGCUCACCGAUGGACGAGCGAACAUUUGUGGAUUGAAUACGAAAAAUGUCGAAUAUGUUUCGAAAGCGAUCGAUGAUGCGAUUCGAAACGUCAAGAGU